CGGUGGCGGCGGCGGCGGCGGCUGCAGCCCCACACUCAGCCGCCAAACUGGAGGAGCGACGGAAGCCGGACCCGAGGAGGAUGGAGGAUGAAGCUGUCCUGGACAGAGGGGCUUCCUUCCUUAAGCAUGUGUGUGAUGAAGAAGAAGUAGAAGGCCACCACACCAUCUACAUCGGGGUCCACGUGCCAAAGAGCUACAGGAGAAGGAGACGUCACAAGAGAAAGGCAGGGCACAGAGAAAAGAAGGAAAAGGAGAGAAUCUCUGAGAACUACUCUGACAAGUCCGACGUGGAGAACGCGGAUGAGUCCAGUAGCAGCAUCCUAAAGCCUCUCAUCUCUCCUGCCGCAGAACGCAUCCGAUUCAUCUUGGGCGAGGAGGAUGACAGUCCAGCACCCCCUCAGCUCUUCACGGAACUGGAUGAGCUGCUGGCCGUGGAUGGACAGGAGAUGGAGUGGAAGGAGACAGCGAGGUGGAUUAAGUUUGAAGAAAAAGUGGAACAGGGUGGGGAGAGAUGGAGCAAGCCCCACGUGGCCACCUUGUCCCUUCAUAGCUUAUUUGAGCUGAGGACAUGUAUGGAGAAAGGAUCCAUCAUGCUGGACAGGGAGGCUUCUUCUCUCCCGCAGUUGGUGGAGAUGAUUGUUGACCAUCAGAUUGAGACAGGCCUAUUGAAACCUGACCUUAAGGAUAAGGUGACCUAUACUUUGCUCCGGAAGCACCGGCAUCAAACCAAGAAAUCCAACCUUCGAUCCCUGGCUGACAUUGGGAAGACAGUCUCCAGUGCAAGUAGGAUGUUUACCAACCCUGAUAAUGGUAGCCCAGCCAUGGCCCACAGGAAUCUGACUUCUUCCAGUCUGAAUGACAUCUCUGAUAAACCAGAGAAGGACCAGCUGAAGAAUAAGUUCAUGAAAAAACUGCCACGUGAUGCCGAAGCCUCCAACGUGCUUGUUGGCGAGGUCAACUUCUUAGAUUCUCCUUUCAUUGCCUUUGUUCGGCUGCAGCAGGCCGUCAUGCUGGGUGCCCUGACUGAGGUCCCUGUGCCCACAAGGUUCUUGUUCAUUCUCUUAGGUCCUAAGGGGAAAGCCAAGUCCUACCAUGAGAUUGGCAGAGCCAUUGCCACCUUGAUGUCUGAUGAGGUGUUCCAUGACAUCGCUUAUAAAGCAAAAGAUAGGCAGGACCUGAUUGCUGGCAUUGACGAGUUCCUAGAUGAAGUCAUUGUCCUUCCACCCGGGGAAUGGGAUCCAGCGAUCAGGAUAGAGCCCCCUAAGAGUCUUCCAUCAUCUGACAAAAGAAAGAAUAUGUACUCAGGUGGAGAAAAUGUUCAGAUGAACGGGGACACGCCCCAUGAUGGAGGCCAUGGAGGAGGAGGACACGCGGAUUGUGAGGAAUUACAGCGCACUGGAAGGUUCUGUGGUGGACUAAUUAAGGACAUAAAGAGGAAAGCACCAUUUUUUGCCAGUGAUUUUUAUGAUGCUUUAAAUAUUCAGGCUCUUUCAGCAAUUCUCUUCAUUUAUCUGGCAACAGUAACUAAUGCUAUCACUUUUGGAGGACUGCUUGGGGAUGCCACUGACAACAUGCAGGGCGUGUUGGAGAGUUUCCUGGGCACCGCUGUCUCUGGAGCCGUCUUUUGCCUCUUCGCUGGUCAACCACUCACUAUUUUGAGCAGCACAGGACCUGUUCUAGUUUUUGAGAGGCUUCUAUUUAAUUUCAGCAAGGACCAUAAUUUUGACUACUUGGAGUUUCGCCUUUGGAUUGGCCUGUGGUCAGCCUUCAUGUGUCUCAUUUUGGUGGCCACUGAUGCCAGCUUCUUGGUUCAGUACUUCACUCGCUUCACUGAAGAGGGCUUCUCUUCUCUGAUUAGUUUCAUCUUUAUCUAUGAUGCUUUCAAGAAGAUGAUCAAGCUAGCUGAUUACUACCCCAUCAACUCCAACUUCAAAGUGGGCUACAAUACUCAAUUUUCCUGUGUUUGUAUGCCUCCCAACCCAGUUAAUAUCUCCAUGUCAAAUGAUACCACAUUGGCUCCUGAAGAUUUGCCAACUGUUUCUUCUACUGACGCACACCAUAAUGCUACCUUUGACUGGGCAUUUCUGACGACGAAGGAGUGUUUGAAAUAUGGAGGAAAGCUCAUGGGCAACAACUGUGGUUUUGUUCCUGAUAUCACUCUCAUGUCUUUCAUCCUUUUCUUGGGCACCUACACCUCUUCUAUGGCUCUGAAAAAAUUCAAAACUAGUCGUUAUUUUCCAACCACGGCAAGGAAACUGAUCAGUGACUUCGCCAUUAUCUUGUCCAUUCUCAUCUUUUGUGUAAUAGAUGCCCUGGUAGGUGUGGAUACUCCAAAACUGAUAGUGCCAAGUGAGUUCAAGCCAACAAGUCUAAACCGAGGUUGGUUUGUUCCACCAUUUGGAGGAAACCCCUGGUGGGUGUACCUUGCAGCUGCUAUACCUGCUUUGUUGGUCACCAUUCUCAUUUUCAUGGACCAGCAAAUCACAGCUGUGAUUGUAAACAGGAAAGAACAUAAACUCAAGAAAGGAGCUGGAUAUCACCUGGAUCUCUUUUGGGUGGCCAUCCUCAUGGUGGUGUGCUCCUUCAUGGCCCUUCCGUGGUACGUGGCUGCUACUGUCAUCUCCAUUGCUCACAUCGACAGUUUGAAGAUGGAGACAGAGACUUCUGCACCUGGAGAACAACCAAAAUUCCUAGGAGUGAGGGAACAAAGAGUCACUGGAACCCUUGUGUUUAUUCUGACUGGUCUGUCAGUCUUUAUGGCUCCCAUCUUGAAGUUUAUUCCCAUGCCUGUACUCUAUGGCGUGUUCCUGUAUAUGGGGGUAGCAUCUCUUAAUGGUGUGCAGUUCAUGGAUCGUCUGAAGCUGCUUCUGAUGCCCCUGAAGCAUCAGCCUGACUUUAUCUACCUGCGCCAUGUCCCCCUGCGCAGAGUCCACCUGUUCACUUUCCUGCAGGUGCUCUGUCUAGCCCUGCUCUGGAUCCUCAAGUCAACUGUGGCUGCUAUCAUUUUUCCAGUCAUGAUCUUGGCACUUGUAGCUGUCAGAAAAGGCAUGGACUACCUCUUCUCCCAGCACGACCUCAGCUUCCUCGAUGAUGUCAUUCCAGAAAAGGAUAAGAAAAAGAAGGAGGAUGAGAAGAAAAAGAAAAAGAAGAAGGGAAGUCUGGACAGUGACAAUGAUGAUUCUGACUGCCCAUACUCAGAAAAAGUUCCAAGUAUUAAAAUUCCAAUGGACAUCAUGGAACAGCAACCUUUCCUAAGUGAUAGCAAACCUUCCGACAGGGAAAAAUCACCAACAUUCCUUGAACGCCACACAUCAUGCUGAUAAAAUUCCUUUCCUUCAGUCACUCGGUAUACCAAGUCCUUCUAGAACUCCAGUAAAAGUUGUGCCUCAAAUUAGAAUAGAACUUGAGCCUGAAGACAAUGAUUAUUUCUGGAGGAGCAAGGGAACAGAAACUAUAUUGUAACCUGUUUGUCUUUCUU